AUGGAGGAGGACAUGGAUUUCAACGCCAGCGGCGACAUGCCUACGGACAUCCCGAUGGGGGGGGAUGAGGAGGACGAAGCUACAUACGCUCCGCAGGCGGAGGGAGAGGAGAAGGAUUUGACCAGCGAUGGCGGAGUAAAGAAGCUGAUCGUGAAGGCCGGGGACGGCUGGGACAAGCCCGAGGCUGGAGAUGAGGUGUCAGUUCACUACACCGGAACCCUUUUGGACGGGACCAAGUUCGACUCUAGCGUCGACAGAGGAGAGCCGUUCAACUUCAAGCUCGGACAAGGCCAGGUCAUCAAGGGAUGGGACAAGGGUAUCGCAUCCAUGAAGAAAGGCGAGAAGGCCGUGUUUACAAUCAAACCCGAGUACGCGUAUGGCGAGGCGGGUUCCCCGCCGACGAUUCCUCCGAACGCAACGCUCAAGUUCGAGGUGGAGCUGCUGUCGUGGAUCAGCGUGAAGGACAUCUGCGGCGAUGGCGGCGUGUUCAAGAAGAUUCUCGUGGAGGGCAAGAAGUGGGAGACGCCUAAGGACAUGGACAAAGUCACAGUGAAGUACGAGGUGCGGUUACACGACGGCACGGUGGUAACCAAGACGGGCGACGAUGGCGAGCAGUUCUACCUCAAGGACGGCCACUUGUGCGCGGCUCUCCCGCGUGCAAUCAAGACGAUGCACCAGGGGGAGAAGGUCCUGCUCACUGUGAAGCCACAGUACGGUUUUGGAGAAGCCGGCCGUCCAGAGACUGACGGCCAGCCGGCAAUCCCGCCAAACGAGACGCUGAGCAUCGACCUGGAGUUGGUGGCGUGGAGAAAGGUGGAGAAGGUUACAGAGGACGGGAAGGUCAUGAAGGAGGAGAUUGAGGCUGGGGAGGGGUACGAGCGACCCAAUGACGAGUCGGUUGUGAAAGUGCGCUACACUCUGCGCCUCGAGGAUGGGACAGUGGUGGAGGAGAAGGGCAUGGGCGAUGGGGAGGAGCCGUUUGAGUUCACCACGGAUGAAGAGCAAGUCGUGCCUGGGCUGGACAAGGCAGUGAUGAAAAUGAAGAAGGGAGAACUCGCAACCGUCACCAUUGCCCCAGAAUACGCCUACGGCUCUGAGGAAAAGACCCUGGAAAAAGGCACAGUCCCGGCCAACUCUACCUUGGUCUAUGAGCUUCGGCUGGUGGAGUUUGUCAAGGAUAAGGAGUCCUGGGAGCUUGGGGAUGAGGAGAAGGUCGCGCAUGCAGCGAAGAAAAAGGAGGAGGGUAAUGUUCUCUUCAAGUCCGGAAAAUACGUCCGGGCAGCAAAAAAAUACUCCAAGGCGAUGAAGCUGAUCGAGUACGACACGCAGUUCAAAGACGAGGAGAAGAAGGCGUGCAAGGUGCUGAAAGUCUCCUGCGGGUUGAAUGAGGCAGCUUGCCAGCUGAAGCUGAAGGAUUUCCCGGCGGCAGUGAAGCUGACGAGUAAGGUGCUGGAGCUGGAGGGGUCGAACGUGAAGGCGCUCUAUCGGAGGGCCCAGGCGUAUAUGGGGACUGAGGACUAUGACCUGGCGGAGUGGGACGUCAAGAAGGCUCUUGAUCUCGACCCUGAGAACAGGGACCUGAAGCUAGAGUAUCGGCAGCUGAAGCGCAAGAUUGCAGAGCAGAACCAGAAGGAGAAGAAGAUUUAUGGCAACCUAAAUGCGGCCGCAGACGAGCGCGGACACAACCGCGAUGUGCUUUCUCGAGCCAUUAUCGAUGCUUUCCCGGACGUCCCCACUCUCGUCAACUUCGGAUUCCCAGACCACCUGUGUGGCACGUGGCACCACAACUACACUCGCAUGCACCAGCAAAUCCGGGCAGCCAGCAAAAAUCCCUCCUCUGCCCCGCCGCCCGACACGCCGCCCGUGAAAUUUCUCACCUUUGACGGCCUCAGCCACUGCGACAGCCUCGGGGAGACCCUCAUGGGGCUGACGUCAGCGUUCACUGUAGCUCUCCUCACUAACAGGGCCUUCGUUAUAAAGCACCCGUGCAUCCCCAUGGCUUUUGAACCGGCGCUGAUCGACUGGCAGCCCACAGAGGACGUGGGAUUCGAGCCGGUCAGAAACGAAACUUUUCCGCUGAAACCUCCUGACCGGGCGGCCGAUCCUCCAAUAGGAGCGAGCGAUAUCGUGGAGAUCAACCUGGAAAAAGAUGACAGGGCGAACCCGGAGAAGGUGUUUCCGCAGGUGGAAGCUGCGAGGAACCUGCGUGUGGUGUGGAACAGAGACCUGCUGGUGCAUAUGCUGAAGGAUGUGAAGGGAUCGGCAUGGAAAGACAGACUCACAGAGAUGGGCAUCAGUAUUCCGUAUUCGUUCGGGUGCUUGGUGCGAUACCUGCUAAGGCCCAAGCCGGAGGUGUGGCACAGGAUGCAGCCGUUUGAGAAGCAGCUGAGGGGCGACAAGGUGGUGAGCAUCGGCAUGCACGUGAGACAGUUCGGUCAAGGGCCCGGCCGUCCCAACGCCACUGUUAGCGCAGAGGAGCUGCAGCGAGGCAUGAACGAUUCCGUGCGGCCCGCCUUUCAAUGCGCCGAGCUGAGGGGAGACAAGGUGGUGAGCAUCGGCAUGCACGUCAGGCAGUUUGGCCCCGCCCGCCCCAACGCCACCGUCAGCCCGGAGGAGCUGCAGAAGGGCAUGAACAACUCCGUGCUACCCGCCUUCCAGUGCGCUGAAGUGAGUGUUCACCCUUGGGAGUAUAGGGGGAGCCUCCUCCGCCCCACCCUUCUCCCCCCACCCUGUGGGCGCACCCCUCGGCCCAACGCCACGGUCAGCCUGGAGGAGCUGCAGAAGGGCAUGAACAACUCCGUGCUACCCGCCUUCCAGUGCGCUGAGGUGAGUGUUCCCAACACUCCUCCUCUUCCCCCCCUAAACGCAACGCAUCCCCCACCCCCCGACCCAACGCCACCCCCGGAGGAGCUGCAGCGAGGCAUGAACGACUCUGUGCAGCCCGCCUUCCAGUGUGCUGAGGUGAGUGUUCGUCCCUCGGGAGGAUCGGGGUGGGCUCCUCUCUUUCCCCCUCUUUCUCCCCUCUCCCCUCCCUCCCAACAGCACUGUUAA